ACAAAGCAAAAAAAAGGGGCUUGAGCGAAAUCCUUAAGGUAUAAUAUAACCACUCAUUAUUUACCAAAUCUAGCACUGUUCUCUGAAAAUUUAGAUAUUAAUGUUCGGAGGCAAGUUUCAGUGAAUACUACAAUUGAAAAGGUGAAAUAAAAAAAUAAAAAAAACCAGAAACCAUUCCUAGGCGGUAUCGCCAAUACACGCAAUUAUUAAAGAACCCUGCUCUUCAUUCAAGAUUUCACUACGUGGAGGUUUAAGUUCCACGAUUUUAAUUAUUAUGAAGAAGAUAUUAAGAAGAAAUUGUAGUGUUAAUAGCAUAAUCUUUCAACCUUUAAUUAUCAACAUGAUAUUAUAUUUGCUUUUCUUUUUUUCUUCUAAUUCUUAUAGAUCAAUUUGUUUUUUUUUUCUCAUAUUUUAUUAUUUUUUUAUUGCCAGUAAUUGUUUUAUCGUUGGUCAAGGGGAAAAUCAAGAGAAUCAGAGAAUCAUCAUCAAGGGCUAGUAACGAUAGUAAUAAUAGCAUCAUUAAAUACAUUAUACUUCAUUUAUAUUUACCGCAUGAUUUUUCAUAUACUUGAUGUUCCAUUCUUAUCAAUAUUUCCAUC